AUUCCCCUUGAACUCACCCGUAAAAGAGACGAUCCUCCCCUUCGAAUCCUCCUUGUGUUCACAAACAACAUACCUUUCCUUUCUUCCUAUCUCUCCUUCUCUCUUUGAACUCAAACCUAGAAAGCAAAGCCGACUACACUCUCUCUUUUGCUCUCUUUUGUUUGUUUUUGCAUACAAACAAACCUUAUUAUUUGUUGUUGCAUACAAACAAACCAUAUUAUUUGUUGUUGUUGUUGUUGUUGUUAUAGCAUGACCAAUAUUGUUCCAAACAACAACUUUUGCUGAGUAAGAGAUAUUAUAAGUUUCUUGCUGUUUUAUUAUACAUCGAAAAGAAAAGGAGAAAAUAUGGCAUCACCUUCUGAACUAUCCCUUGACUGCAAACCCCACAGUUAUUCCAUGCUAUUGAAAUCUUUUGGAGAUCAGCAGAUUGAUCAAACCUGGGGGCUUGAAGAAUUCCUUUCUCGUCUCGAGGAAGAACGCCUCAAGAUCGAUGCUUUCAAGCGCGAGCUUCCCCUUUGCAUGCAACUUCUCACCAAUGCUGUGGAGGCUUCAAGACAGCAACUACAUGCAUACCGAGCAAAUGAAGGAUCAAGACCAGUUCUUGAAGAAUUCAUACCCCUCAAAAACUCAAGCUCGGAGAACUCAGAGAAAUCACAAACCAUAUCUGAUAAAGCUGACUGGAUGACAACUGCACAACUAUGGAGCCAAGCAGGAAACGAAUCGAAACCACAGCCCUCAAUUACAUCACAUAAGGAAACUGAUAUCGGUUUCAAUGUUAGUCCCAAGUUGGCCUUAGAUACCAAGCAGAGAAAUGGAGGUGCUUUCCUUCCAUUCUCUAAAGACCGAAACUCAUGCACUGCUUCGGCUUUACAGCCUCUCCCUGAUCUUGCUCUUGCUUCUGUCAAUAAAGAUGUGGAAGAUAAGAAAUGUUCAGAAACUGAAAAUGGGAUAUCUUGUCAAUGGAGGGAAAACUCUGGCAAAGUUGGUAAUGGUGGAAUUGUGAUUGAGCAGGGCAAAGGAACCGGCAAUACAGCUGAUGGGCAAACAACAAAUACCAACACUAAUACAAACACUACUCAACCUCAUAGGAAGGCUAGGCGAUGCUGGUCUCCUGACUUGCAUAGGAGAUUUGUCAAUGCUCUCCAGAUGCUUGGUGGUUCUCAAGUUGCCACACCAAAACAGAUCAGGGAGCUGAUGAAGGUUGAAGGUUUGACCAAUGAUGAAGUGAAAAGCCAUCUGCAGAAAUAUAGGCUGCACACAAGGAGACCGAGCCCAAGUCCACAAGCAGCAGGAGCCCCAACACCCCAGCUUGUUGUCCUAGGUGGCAUCUGGGUCCCACCAGAGUAUGCCACUGCCGCUGCAGCCGUCCACAGUGGAGCCCCGACCCUGUAUGGCGCUCACCACCCAGCAGCUCCCCAUGCACCACCUCACUUCUGUGCAUCACCUGUUCCCCAAGAAUUCUACACUGCGGCUGCAGCUGCAGCUGCAGCUGCAACCCCAGCUCCACCUCCACCUCAGCUGCACCACCACACUCUCCACCACCAACUCCACAUGUACAGGGCCACCUCACAGGCCCAUAGCUCACCGGAAUCCGACAUCAGAGAAGCCGGAGACCGUUCAGAGAGCAUUGAAGAUGGCAAGUCUGAGAGCAGCAGCUGGAAAGGUGAGAGCGGCGACAACGGUGGCGAUGGGGAUCAGAGAAAAGGUUUAGCUGCAUUAAGAGAAGAAGGCGAAGAAAGCAAUGGAAGUGAGAUCACUCUCAAAUUCUAAGAGAGUUUUAGGGUUAGGCUUUAGAUAUUACAUGUAAUUUUCUACUAUUAUUUUCAAAAGAAAAAAAAAUCUAAAAAUUUUUAAGUUAAAUGUUAAGAGAGGGUAAAAAUGGCAUAAAGGAAAAGUGAGCGUUUGUUUUGUUCUCAAUUGACGUCCUUUUGUGCUUCAACGUCUAUUCGGGAAAAGAUUGAAC